ACUCUCGAGAAACGUUCUGCAUCCGUGUGUGUGUGGAUGUGAUGAUGAGCUGCGGCGUUGUGUUUUGAAGUUUAUUCUCACGUUGUACUCUCGAAGGAUCGAAAUCAGAGUUAUCGCUUGUGAAGGAGAGAAGCGCAAAUAAAACAAGAUGGUGUUGGCGGAUCUCGGACGGCGCAUCACCGGCGCUCUCCGGAACCUGUCGACUGCGACGGUCAUAAACCAAGAGGUUCUUGAUUCUAUGCUCAAGGAAAUAUGUGCUGCCUUAUUAGAGUCGGACAUAAACGUUCGCUUGGUGAAGCAACUUCGCGACAACGUCAGAGCUGCCAUAGACAUCGAAGAAAUGGCCGUCGGUCUGAAUCGGCGCAAAGUUGUGCAAUCAGCAGUAUUCAAGGAGUUGGUGAAGCUCGUGGAUCCCGGAGUGAAAGCCUGGACGCCCCAGAAGGGGCGCAGCAACACCAUAAUGUUCGUCGGUCUUCAAGGUUCCGGUAAAACUACAACGUGUACAAAAUUGGCGUAUCAUUACAUGAAAAAAGGUUGGAAAACAGCCCUCGUGUGCGCGGAUACGUUCCGUGCCGGUGCUUUCGAUCAACUUAAACAGAACGCAACAAAGGCUCGCAUUCCGUUCUAUGGUAGCUACACAGAAGUCGACCCGGUGGUCAUAGCCGCUGAAGGUGUAGCCAAGUUCAAAGCUGAGCACUUCGAGAUCAUCAUUGUCGAUACUUCGGGACGACAUAAGCAAGAAGAUUCGCUAUUCGAAGAAAUGCUCGAAGUGUCGAAUGCGGUGUCACCAGACAACGUAAUUUUCGUCAUGGAUGCUUCGAUCGGUCAAGCUUGUGAGCUCCAGGCAAGAGCCUUCAAGGAAAAAGUCGAUGUCGCUUCUGUCAUCAUCACCAAGCUGGACGGUCACGCGAAGGGAGGUGGUGCCCUCAGUGCGGUAGCUGCGACGAAAUCCCCAGUCAUUUUCAUCGGUACCGGGGAACACAUAGACGAUUUCGAGCCAUUCCGGGUGAAGCCUUUCAUCCAGAAACUCCUCGGCCUCGGAGACAUCGAGGGUUUGAUCGACAAAGUCAAUGAGCUCAAACUCGAUGAAAAUCACGAGCUGAUAGAGAAGCUCAAACAUGGAGAGUUCACGCUGAGGGACAUGUAUGAACAGUUCCAGAACAUCAUGAAGAUGGGUCCCUUCAACCAACUGAUGGGAAUGAUUCCAGGUUUCAGUGCCGAUUUCAUGACGAAGGGCAACGAGCAAGAGUCGAUGAGCCGAUUGAAGCGUCUCAUGACAAUUAUGGAUUCAAUGACUGACGAUGAGUUGGAUAACCGGGAGGGCGCCAGAAUGUUCGCGAAGCAGCAGACCAGAAUCACAAGGGUUGCUCGUGGAGCUGGAUGUACCACGUUUGAGGUCCACGAGCUGCUGAAUCAAUACACGAAGUUCGCAGGAAUGGUCAAGAAGAUGGGAGGCAUGAAAGGUCUCUUCAAAGGUAACGACCUCGCGAAAAAUGUCAACCCGGCUCAUAUGAACAAACUCAGCGCCGAGAUGGCCAAGAUGAUAGACCCGCGAGUGCUACAACAGAUGGGUGGCUUCUCGGGAAUCCAGAACAUGAUGAGGCAGAUGAAUGGCGGAAUGGGAAGAAGAGGCGGAGGAGGCUUCCCGAUGUAA